AUGCCUUCUAUUGCUGUUGACUACGUUCUUUUCGACUUAGAUGGCACAUUGGUGAGUUCCACCGAUGCGGCUGAAGAGGCUUGGAAUAAGCUCUGUGACAAGUAUGGUGUUGAUUAUUCAACACUUUCUAAGGUCUCACAUGGUUCCAGAACUGCGGAGAUCUUAGCGAAGUUCUUUCCUAACGUUGACAACACUAAUAAUCAGGCAGUCAAGGAAUUUGAACUUUCUAUUGCCAAUGAUUACAUGGAUAUCGUUUGUUUGAUUCCAGGUUCUAUAGAUUUACUGAUCUCGUUGGAUAGACCAACUGGGGCACACCCUGGUGAAGUUUUCCAUCAUAGAAAGUGGGCUGUAGUUACCAGUGGAUCGCCUUGGGUUGCUCAUGCAUGGUUUGACAACUUGUUAAAAUCCAUUAAGAAACCAGAGGUAUUCAUUACUGCUUUUGAUGUUUCAAAGGGUAAACCUGACCCAGCCGGUUUCGCUCUGGCCACUAAACGUUUGAAGGAAAUAUGGCAAGAUGACAGAAAGGAGGUAAGAACGGUGGUUUUCGAGGAUGCGCCUGUUGGAGUUCAAGCUGGUAAGGCCAAUGGCUCAAUUGUAGUUGCCUUAACCAGUACUUAUGAUAAGGAGUUAUUAUUUGCAGCGGGCGCGGAUUAUGUGGUUGAAGAUUUAUCACAAGUUUGCUUGCAGUCCAAUAAUAAAGAUGAGACUGUUCUAACCAUCACUGAUCCAAUACCUAGAGGUGAAGAAGCAGAAUAUGGUGAUGACGAUGAUGACGAUGAUGACGAUGAUGAUAAUGAUAACGAAUAA